GGUAGAUUUUCACUGACGAUUGCAAUAUGCAGUAUUCUAGGUGCGAACACGCAUCACAGGUGCUUCGUGUAUUGCAAGGUCUUCAAGGAUUAUGUAGUUUUUAUUAUCAGGAGGAAGAACAAUUCCAGAAGCAAUAGAUGGAGGAAGCAAGGCAAGGUUUGGGAGUUGUGGAAGAGGUUGAUUUACUCUUGGAAGUGAAAGUACAUGUACGUGCAAGCUGUUGAUUGGAAUUGGAGCUCUACACAUGUGCUUUAUUUAGGCCUGAAUUUUGCACAGUGUUGAUAUCAUCCACCUGUUAUUAUUAGAUAUACUUUGUUCUGUAAUUGGAGAGGAAGGAGAAGGUAACAGAAGACAGCUGUCAGUGGAAUUCAGGCAUCAUUGGAUGAAUACUGUGGAUCGGACAGGAUUGAUUUCUGUGAGCAUUAUAUAAAGUGCUGAUCCAGUGGAUAUUGCAUAAUGCCAGAGAGAUGCAACUACUUUGAAGAUCAAUAUAGGGUAUUUAUUGGUACAAACAAGUUUGAUGUACAUGUAAAAACCACUGAAGUCACUUGGGAAGUACUCAUCAGUGAUGUAAAGUGAACCAACUUGAAAUUGAGCAUCAAGGAUUAAUAGUCUGGAAUAACAGCCACUUUUGUGAGCAUAAAUUGUCUUCAUCCAGUUUGGGAUUUCCUUGGACCUGGCAGGAAAGCAAUUUUUUAGCUAUAGCAACUGGAUCUUAGUGCUUGAAGAAGUACAGGAAAGGACUGUUCAUUGUACACUGAGGACAGUUUUCUUGCAAUUACUCAAGGAACUUGUUUAGCUGAAGUUGGAAGUUCAAACUGGUGUUUGCAUUGUGCUGUUAACCUAGCAAGAGAAGCAAACAUGAUGGGUAAACAAAUCAAUUGAGUGCAUAGCUUCACAAGUGUGAGUUGGCAGUCCACUGAAAAAAUGGACAUACAAAUUGGAAACAAAGUAGUGCCAAGAUGAAUCAUGAAUUGUUGGGACUUACUGUACUGCAAAGAAUCAUUUACAUUUAGUUCCAGUUACUAUGAUGAUUUAAGAUUUGGAAGAAAAAUUAUUACACUCACAGUAGUAGAGGAACUUACACAAUGAAGUUCGUAUGAAGAUUUUGAAAUCUGAUGAAGUGCAUGUAGACUUUCAGUUGUCAAAAAUGAGUCAGCGGCCACACCCUCAUUCUUCAGGAAGCUCGGAGCAAAGUAAAUCCCUGCAGCAAAAUGCAGACAGGGCUAACAUUCCACAGAGUGAACCAAGGAUGGUGACAUUAUUGAGAGUCUCCCCACGAGAUGCGUCAGUGUCCAGCCGACGGCAACAACAACGGACAAAAACCGCCUUGCAAGAGAAGAAGUCACAGUACUUAGAAUACGCAUCUCAGGUUGAGGAACGCCGCCGACAGUCACUCCAAGCUGGCCGGAAGGUUGGAGGACAGAAAAGUAGGAGCAGGGAUAACAUCUCAAGGACUAGAAAUGGUGGACUGAAGGAGCAAGUGCAGAAUCCUCAGUUAGCAAAUCGCCCAUUGUCAGAGGUGCAGAAGCCAAGACAACCUCCUGUGAAACCACAGCGCCAUUUUUCACAAAGCCCUCCAAGACAGAUCAGGAAAGACCCUGCCAGACUACCCAAUGGACAGUACCACGGGCCUCAGCACCAUCGAUCUGAGAAUCAUAAUCACGCCAGGAGUAACCAACACGCACCCCACCAGACACCCAAGCCUCGGGAUGCUGUUGCUCCAAAACGCAAGCCAAGAAGUCUGUAUCCUCUUCCUCCUGCAACAAACCAACUUCAAGUGUUCCCAGAUCCUCCUAGGAUAUCGAAAUCUCCCCACAGACCUCCACCUCAACAACCAACCAAAGGGGAACGAGAGCCAUUAACACAUGUCCAAGUUCAGGCCGAGAUACAUGCCACUCCUCCAUCAACUAAAGCUGCCUCUCCAGUUAAUUUACUACCUGUGAAUUCCCCAGCAGGGGAUGAUCCAAUUCUGUCCUGGAUUGAUAAAAUUGAUGCACAAGAUAGUGUUUCAAAUUCAUUCCCUCCAACUGGUCGCUCACAAAGUGCUGACCCACGGAGUAGAGGCUCUGCAAGUAAAACUGAACUCCGUAACGAUCUCAAAAAAUUUGAUGAAAUGAACAUGGUAGCAAAGAGACGAGUGAAUUCUCCUGAUGAAAUUCUCGACAAAUCACAACGUGAUUUGAAAUCACCACCCCGAGGCAGACCAGCAGGUCAUGAAAGGCAGUCAAGAUUGGACAAUUUUGCAACAAAUCAUCACAUUACUAAGGCAUCAUCUCAGACCUCCCUUCCUCAACAACAUCUUAGAGCCAGUAGAAUCCCUGUGAAGAAAGGAUCAGUGGAUAAUCUCAGAAGUGAAACGCCAAGACAAGAUAAGCAUUUCUCUAAUCCUGAACCCCCACCACGGCAGAGGAAAAACCAACGCCAUAGCCCUGAGAUUCAAAGCACUAAAUCAAAGAGUCUGUCCACGGGUUCAAAGGAACCCCAAUUAAACACGUCCUCCCAACAUCUAAAUCAUCAAAGUAAUAGUAACGAGCCUCAACCUCCUCCAAGACUUCAUAGAGGCCCGCAAGAUGACCCUGAGCAAGACAGGAAAAAACAAAGGCAACACAAGUCAAGCUCUUCUGGAAGAAAUAAUAGAAAGCUUUUGCCUAGUGCCACUACUUCUCUUGCUAAGCAAGAAAGACACUUACAAAAUUUACCUGUGAAGGAAACCCCAGAAGUGUCAAAAUCACCCAGAGAAAAGAGUGACCACUGUUUACCUCUUGAUUUACCGGUAACUCCUAGGCGCCCAUCAAGCACUUCACCUCGGCAUCAAGAGCUUCGACGGAGGCUGAGUGAAAUCCUGAUGGAACGUAAGAAUAGAGAAAAUGGAACACCAGAUGCAAUGAAAAAGAAGACGUCAGUGGAGAAAGAAGUCCCAUCAGGUGAGAGUGAAGUGAAUCUCCAUCGAGAAAGUGAUGUCAUCGAAAGCCUGCUUAAUUCUACCUUGGAGCAGGAUUUCAAAGGAGAGCUGGAACAGAAUUUGGCCAAACGCAAGAGCAGACUGGAUGGGAGCUUGGAAAGCACUGACCAGGAAGUUUCCUUCACCAUGAAAGAAGCAUGUACUGUUGAGAAAGUAAGCAAGCCAUCUGCUGCUAGAGAAGGUACAAAUGGAGUCAAGGAGCAUAUUUAUGAUUCUGGUUUAGGAGCAAGUUAUGAAUCCCAAUGCAAUGCUGCACCAGACAGAAGCAGUGAGGAAGACUCAGUGUUAAAAUCAAACAGAGAUCAGAAGUCUCCCAAGGAAGUUGAAUUUGUCAUCACUGAAUGGUCGGAUGAAACUGAGAUUGUGCAGCCUACUGCUGUAGACUCCACAGAAUCGUUGCCGGCUGUGGGUGACACUCCUGACACCUCAAGUCGAUUAUCACCAAGCCCACCCCCGCCUGAUGAUUCACCACGGGAUGAAUCAAGGAGGAAAGUACGCUUGAGAAGAUGGAGCAUAACUGGAGAAGGAAAAGAACGUCCUCAUGUUUCACAAAGGCCAGUAUCAUAUGGUGGGGAGGAUAAACCAGAGACUUCAUCAACGAGCAUUUUGUCAUCAAUGAAAGUUGGGAUCUCUGUGCCUGAUCUCCCAGGAAGCACCUCGGAUGAUUCAGCAGACAGGGAUUCAUCGCUAGAUGAUAGCAAUGGUCUUCUGAAUGUGAAAGAAAUCGAAGAGGAAAUGGAGAAGUCUUCUAGUGCCAACACCAGUUCCGUCCAGUCAACGCCUUGUCCAUCCACUCCAUCCCAGGACAGCAACACACCUCAUGCUUCAUCUCCAAAACAGGACUUUGAAGAAGAUUCACUUGAUUCCGUCCCUUCACCAGCCCGCCGGAAAACACCUCCUCAUGAACGCUUGAUACAGAGGACCCCAUCUCACCACCUGGAACGCAGCCACCAAUCCCUGCGACAGUUACCCAUCAAAGUCCUCCCAACAUCCCCUCGAGGUGAUGGCCAGCCCACAUUUUCAGAAGAUCAUGACAUGAGUGUACUCGUGCCAUCUCCACCAACAGCCCCGGCCCAGCCCUCCCCAUCUCCGACUGACUCCAAUCCCAAAAAAUCCCGCUACCUUAAACUGACCGGAAUGCAGCUUCUUCCUCAGAAGCUGCAACUCAUGGGCUCCAAGGACAAAUCUAAAGCAACCAACCAGGAAGACGAGCCAGAUGGAGAGAAACAUGGCCUGUACAAAAAGUUUGAGUCCAGAGGGAGGGAAAGAUCAAAGAAUGAUUUCUCAAUAUCUCCAGUUUCUAGGGUGAAGAGGAGGAGUGCAUCAGCUGAUGGGUUCUUCCCAUUCCAGAGGGAGAGAUCACCAAGUCCAUUGGGUCUGAGGGGUUUUGGGACCCCCAGCAGACAAGGCAAGCUCAAGGAGAGACGAGGUCGACAGAAGAUGUUAACCCCGCCCGGCAACCACGCAUUGAAGAUGCCUCGACAACCAAGACCCCAGCGUAUGCACACCAUCCUGGAGAGCCUCAAGAAAGGCUUAAAGGAUACAAUAGAACAGAGUAAGGAGAAGUUGGAUGUGAUGGAACAGCAUCAACAUGAUCCACACUCAUCCUCUUCCAGACAGGGCUUUCAUUACAAUCUAGAGAAGCAAAUCAAAGUUGCCGAGAGAUACAUAAGAAAAUUACAGUUUCACCUUGCCAAAGUUGAAGAAGUGCAUGAACAGUACGACAAGGAAUUGAAAGUUAGAGAAGGUGCGGUGAAUGUGGUCAAGGCUUAUGCUGACACCAAUCUCCCUCACGCUAAAGAGCCAAGCAACGAAGCUAAAGCUGGUGUCAGAGAUUGCACACAGAGUCUUUGUCAAAUGGAGGCUGAAUUGGAGGCUAAUCUAGGUGCAUUUGUUGUUAGAAUAGAUGGUAUCGCAGGGUUCGCCAGGGUAUGUCGAGGGGACAUCUAUGAGGUUGUCUUCAAAUACGGGUUACAGAAGUGGAAAUUAAGAUGCAAAGUGGAGAAGGAUUUGAGUCAGAGCUGGGAUGUGGAGGAGAUUGUUAUGUACCCGAUGUUGGCUGACUUCUUGACAAUUAAGGUCACUGAAAUGCGGGGCAUCGCACGAUCCAACAUGGUGAUUGGUAGCUUAGAGUUUGACACGUCAGAUUUCUACCAAGCCAACCCUCAGACACUGACAAUAGACGUUAACGAGAACGGGACCAUUAAACUUAAUCUGGUUGUUACAUGGAGUCCAUUCCACAUCAAUGAGGAGACCUACAAAAGUCCAAAGAAUUCCUACAGUCGGAGAGAGAGGGCCUUCACAGAAUCUAUCAUCAGUACUUCGAAAUCUUUCAGCAACGUCAAAGAACCACCUAAAUCACCCAAGCAAUUCUUGCCCAAGACGUUAGAUCUGAACACAUCGCUGACGUUGACUUUGGAAGAAGCCUUACACAAUGUUACCAGGCUACUGGAAAUCCUGAAAGGUCAAUACACUGAACUGGAGCUCCUAGAGAAGCAAGUUGGACAUCUGAAUGACCUUCUCAAGAAAAUCCGGGAGCGUAAAAAGAGAGACUCCACAAUGAGUCUGCAAGUGAAGACUGCCUUGGAAAGCUUUGAUUUCUUAAAUGAAGUCGAUGAUGAUGAAGAUGUACCAAUUGACAGUGGAAGUAGCAGCAUGGAUGAAAAUAGAUCCAGUUUCACAUCAGAUGAGUUUUGCAAGUCUCAGUCUUCUGAUAGACUAAGCGACUGUGUGAGUCUUGACGAAACUCUCCCAAGAAGAGGUUCCUACCCCUCCUUGUCCUCUUACUCCUCCCCAAGCUCCGCCCCUGUGCCACUGCCUCAGACCCUUCCAAUGACGCGAGCCAACCGCAGUUCGCGGAUCAUUAACUUGGGUGAGAAACGCGAGAGCCGACUCAUUGAGAUGAAUGAGCAGCGUGAGCAUCGGUUGGUGGACUCGCCAGGGGAGUCCCACAGCAGGUGUUGGGAAGAGGGUUCGGAGAAUUCCCCCAAACUAACAACCAACAGUGACUCCAUUGAUAUGGUGCUGGUGCAACACUUGAUGUACAUCGAGUACUUGUUGAGUCAUCUUGGAGCGUUUGGUCCCUUGAAGCUGAAGGAGACCAUUGCCUUGCAGAAACUGAAGAAGCAAGCUGUCAUUAUUGAGCAGUUAGUGGUCUUGUCUGUCUCCAGUACUCCAAUUACAAGGGCAGAUGAUGUGUUUCCAGAGUUGAAGUUGAACCCCCUUCUUUUGGAGUUCUGGCAGCACUGUGCUGAGAAGGAAGCCCUCUAUGUUAAUGCCGAGUCAUUCCUGCUUCAACUUGAUGUAAAGUUCGGUGCCAAACUCAGAACCAGCCAUCCAGACAUCGCCGAUGACGUUUUCCAAAGUCUGUGCAAUAGAAUCAUUGAGAGACCAGUCGACCUUUACGACCCCAAGACGAUCAUCACUCUGUUCCAGUACAUUGGUUUCUUUGCCACCGAUGAUCGUAAGAACCCAGAGAAGUUCAUCAACUACCUCACCAAAGAUUUUGAGUUGACCGCAAGCUUGGAAGCAAGCAAUCCUGACCUCCUAAAGGUCUUGAAGAAACUUCCCAAAGGAUCGUUACUAUCAACAGGUAACUUGCGUGCUCUGGCAUUGUUGCUGCUUGAGGACCGUGCCACUAUACAAACGGGGGUCAGGGUUUAUCUGGAGUCCAUCGGAGGGGAAGAGAGGAUGAGAAAAAAAGCUGUUAAUGUCUACUUGGAAUGUUUAGAGGAGAGAGAUUUGUCGUUACGUCAGGCUGGAUGUGCUGCAAUUGCUGCUCUUAAGGCAACUGAGGCCCUGGAACAGCUUCUGUACUUACUACGAUGUGACAUGGAUGAUGUCAAGUCCACCGCUAAGGAAGCACUUAUGGCAUUUGGUGAGGAAGGCAGACAGGCCUAUGAGCAGAUCUCCUACACACCGUAUGGUAGUUACAACCAUGACUACGCAGAGAUUGGUGUUCCCCUUAUGACAACAGAGCUAUAGGCCUAGACUGGAUGGCGUUACGUAGCAAAUGUCCACAGUUGCUCUGAGAAUUGUAUCUAGUUCUUAGAAAUACCUAAUUCUCUGGAAACUAAAUAAGCAGCUGGGGGUAAGCUGUGGAUUCUUGAUGAGUGUCUGCGUUAUGUCUUUGUUGUUGUAAAUUCCACCUGUUACUCAAAAUGGCUGCCCUUAUACUGAAGGGUUGGCUGGUGGUAGAUUGGCUUUUAUAAAUACAACUGUUACUCAGAAGUGGCCACCCUUCUAAAGCAUUAGCUAAUGGUACAUUGGCUUUUACAAUUCCACCAGUUACUCAAUAUGGCUGUCAAUACUGAAGGGUUAGCUUAUGGUAGAUUGUUCAUACAACAGCAGUCCCACCAGAUACUGUAGAUCAAUGACAUAACUUAUCAACUGUAUCACUCAGAAAUGAAAGUAAGAUCCAAGGAGGAUGUGGAUUUUUCUUUUGGCUUUAUCUGCCAUGUCCUGCUUCUCUUCUUUCUUUGAUUGCAAAUGAACUUGGUCAACAUACCUGGAUAGUGUUAUGUUAUGUUAUCAUUGGUUUGCUAUUUUUUUAUAUUUUUAAAAAAGUCUACUUGUGAAGUACUCUUAUCUGUUUCAAAAUACCUCAUUAGAAAUCUUUUUUCACUGAACAGCAUUCUGUCUAAAAUACUUCGUUAUGCAGUUUUUUAAAGCUUCAUGUGAUCUUUUGGCUCACUUGAACAAGAGCUAUAUGGGAAAUUUUUACAUUCUUAUUUAUUUUGUUAACUUGAUGGUGCUCAGAGAUUUGCAGAAAUUGCUGUUAGCCAUUCCUGAAAUCUGAUUGAAAAUUUCCUUGAAAUGUGUUGACAUUAAUGAAUAAUAAAUGACAUGUGAAAGUUGGUUUUGUUGCCAGUUUACGGUGUACAAAUGUCCUUUUCUGUGAAUUUAUCUUUGGUAAAAAGUAUGAAAAAAUGUUUCAUCGAAAUAAAUGAUUAUCAAGUACUGGAAAUUUGAAUAGCAUUUUUAAGCAAACAUUUUUUACAGUCCUUAUGAUAUGAGCAACGAUGUUAUGGUGUAUAUGUACGUUAUUUUUUAAUGAAAGUUAUGCAGACUGUAUGAGUUAAUUUCCUUUUUUACUUGAAGUGCAGAUAAAAAAACAUUUCUGUGAAAUUAAGGUCUGUUACAGGAAGAUCCAGACAUCCGUCGUUGUAUUUAAUGAUCACAACUUUACAUGUAUCCAAAAGUGGGUUUGAAGCACGUAAUGAUUUAAGUAAACUGACAAGUGUUCCUAUAUGAAGGACACUAUACAAAUUUAUUUUGCUACUGAAUAUAUUAGGAAAUGAUUGGAAGGGGUUAAAAGAUCUCUGGUCUGGUGACAUUUUCUGUAAAGUCCACCCAAAUGUUAUUUUUAAUCAGUCCUAUGUUUGGAAUUUUUCAUCCACCUCUGUGUAAAUAAAUGUAAAUCUUAUCUGAAAUUUUUUAAUCCUACAAAAAUCCAAAAGUUUGUGGUCCUGUUGGUUUGUGUACACUUGGUGUUCCCGUUAUAACCAAAAGGGGUGUUUCUGAUUACAUGCGCUAAGAUUCUGGACUCAGAUAAGUUUUAUUUUCAUGCAAGUGUAAGAGAAUUGGUCAUAAUUCAAAACUGUGAAAGUACUUGCUUACUGUAGAUGAUUAUGCCGUUUCCGUAAAUCUCAAAAGUGCAUUUUUAAACAGUUAAUCCCAACUUUCUAGUGUCUUUUAGAAGGCACUGGACCAAAUCCAUCCAAAUUCCCUGGGCAAUCCACCUUGCUUGCUUCAAAGUCCACCACUGAGGUGGUGGACUUUGUUGAUGUACCUACAUUGUACAUGUAACACACAUGGCUAACAUGACCUCAUCAGUAAUGUUGCCAUGGCAACAUGCACUGAAUGCCCCAGCAGUACGUAAGGCCCCUGGACAAAGUCCUUCAUACUUUACAUGUUGUCACCUCAGGCUUUCUGAACCUCAUCAAAAUCUGCCGAAAGGGGAAUGGAUUUCGAUGGAUUUUGGAUGGUUAGUAUGAAAGAAAAAUGGUUCUGGAAGUAUUUGUGUAGUUUUAAUCACAAGGCUCCGUGGGCUUUUUCUUUGAGCUCCUGUGCUGUACUGCAUACUUGGACAUUUCACAAAGCUGAACUGUAAAAUAAGUAUCCUAUAAAUAUUGUAUCAUAAAUCAGAUUAUUCAAAGAUGUUUAUUUUGUAGAAAGAUUCUUGCAAGAUAUGUGUAACAGUAGGAUUUUGUCAGUCUUGAAAUAGUCCUACUUUCCUCUGGUAGAUCAGCCCAUGUGGCUUGUGUGUAGUCAGCUGCAUUUUGUUUCUGAAUAAAGUUGGACGAUCCAGGUUCUAUCAGUCUAUAAUUACCUGGGUACUUUGUGUGUUGCUGCACUAGGUUAAGGCUGGGAUUGGGAUUACGGUCAGGGUGGAGUUAACAUGGAAGAAUAGCCUUGGGCGAGUUUGGGAUAGGAUUGGUAUGAGGUUGGGACUUGGGCAAGAAUGGAUCCGGAGCCAAAUUUUUGGAGUCUGUUUCAUUUGAUUUCAUUUUAAAUCCCUUGCAAAAGCAUAAAAAAGUGCCUGGAUGUAGCCUCAUCCCUUCAAAGGGCUACAAAAAUUAGUGGGAAAAUUCCAAAAUUUUUAAGGCCCCACCCAAACUAGCGUAUGUACAUUAUGUGACCCUCAAUUCCAAAAUCAGUCUGAAGUAGUUAAUUUUAAUGAUUUGACUAUCCUCCCUUAUAGUGUUAUUAACUUUAAAAUGAUCUACAAGGCCGAUUGUGUUUUCAGAAGCCUUUGGUAUUUAGAAUCAAGGAAAGUUGUGAAAUUUACAUUGUUAAGGUGUGUACACUGGUGUCCUUUCCCAGGCUAACAAGCCUUCCGCCCAGUUUUGGAAUGUUGACUCACUUUCAUACAAGUCUAACAUGGACCUGGUAAUAUUUCCAACAGUUUUCUAGUACAGCUAUGCAGUUUAAUUUGAGGGAAAUGUUGACAGAACCUGGAAUUGAGGCCAUGUAAAUGAAAGAAACAUUGAGAAACCCACGUUUCCUAAGUACCAGCACUACAAUUUAUUGCUACGCAAAGGGAAAGAUGAAGCAUAUAUAAUGUACAUGUAGGGCCCAUCCAAUUCAGUUCAAUAAUUAUGAAAUAUAUUUACAGUAUUCUUUUUAACUUUAACUCCCAAGGGUCAUGUUUAAAUCAUUAAAAUUGGAGGAUUCAGGGCCAUUAGGGUUUUACUAAUUUUCACUCUGGAAUGUGUAUUUGUGCAAAAUAUGUCAAUUGUAAACUUAGGGUCAUGAAGCACAAAGCUUUCAAAAUGUUUCCUUUGAGAGAUCAUAGGUAACUAUCACUUGUUACAAAAUGAGGAGACUUUCCUUAGCGUUUUAGAAGUUGGUGAAAAACAAACGGUUACUCAAAUGUACGCUGUAUUUUGUCAUGAUGGGGGGGAAGCAGAAUAGAAUUAUGCAUAUCUACAGGCGAUUAAUAUCGUACGAGGCAAAACUGAGAACAAUAAUCAGUAUCUAUGUUAACCUGAGUACAUGCACAAUCUGUGCACUAUAGAAGUAAAACCUUAAAGGGUAGCUGCAGUCAAUUUUUUUCAGUACAAACCUUCAAAAUGCAUUCUUCUGUCUCAGUUGACCUUAUUUUCAACUUUCGUUUCACUAUUUCAAUGGGUUUAUGCUAAUGCGUGGUUCUAUGUUCAUGAGCAAAACUGAUGUCUUUCCAGCUGGGAAGAAAGCCUAAAUCUUACGUUGGGUUGUACAC